AUGUAUCAAACCCACCUCACCGAACCGCAAGGUAUAAUUAAAAAGCAAAUUCAUGCGCGCGCAAACGAACUUGGAUUUGAACUCGUUGGAAUCACGCCUGCCGCGCACAGUGAAACAAUUGCACGCUAUCAGCAGUGGAUAGAAAGCGGGUACGCCGGGAAGAUGCACUAUCUUGAAAAGCAUCUUCCUCUUAAGACAGAUGUCCGUCGACUUCUAACAGAGGCGAAAUCUGUUAUUAGCCUCGCGAUGAACUAUUAUACGCUUGAUCCACCGGAGGCACUCGCACAAGAUCCGGGACGAGGACAGAUCUCCCGCUACGCGUGGGGUGAUGAUUAUCACGAACUUAUUCGUGAACGCCUUUUAGAACUUGUCACUUUUAUCAAACAGACCGCUGAAAGCGAAUUGCGAACCCGCGUAUGUGUUGAUACCGCUCCUAUUAUUGAAAGGGAGUACGCACAGAGAGCAGGCAUUGGGUGGAUCGGGAAGAAUACGAACCUGAUUCACUGGCGUUCCGGUUCUUGGUAUUUUCUCGCCGAGAUACUCGUCGAUAUCGCGUUGGAAUCCGGCACGCCGGAUCUUCGUGGAAGUUGUGGCACUUGCACACGCUGUAUUGAAGCAUGCCCGACAGACGCAAUUAUUGAACCGAAUGUUCUUGAUUCCCGGCUUUGUAUUUCUUAUCUGACGAUCGAAUUAAAGGAGAGCAUACCGAAGGCACUUCGCCCUAAGAUCGGGAACUUAAUUUUCGGCUGCGACAUCUGCCAAGAGGUCUGUCCGUGGAACAGUAAGGCAGUACCGACAACCGAACCGGCGUUUCAGCCGCGCGAUGGAAACCUCGCUCCCAAGUUACUCUCGCUUGUCGGUAUGACGCAGCAGGAAUUUAGCCGACGCUUCAAGAGGAGUCCAAUCAAACGCGCGAAACGUCGGGGGUUCUUGCGGAACGUCCUCGUUGCCAUCGGUAAUUGGGGGACGCAGCGUGCUGUCCCGGCACUUAAAGACGCAUUAGCCGAUGAUGAAUCUUUAGUUCGGAGUCAUGCCGCUUGGGCAUUGGGAAGAAUUGGAGGCGAAACCGCCAAACGAAUAUUGCAAACGCGACUAACCGUUGAAACCGAGCAAGAUGUUAUCACUGAAAUUCAAGACGCGCUCUUAGAGACGGAGCAAUUAUCAGGGAGAGAGGAAAAAAAUGCGUGA